AUGUCUCCUCACCCAGAUCUACACUCAAAGGGCGCCCUCCAGUCUGGUGACCCCAAGCUCAGUGGUGGACGAUACCACAUCGAGUGCUUGAAGCCAUGUGAGGUCGUGUCAGAUGACGGCGAGGUUAGAACCAGGGAUUGGCAUGGCUUCCAGACCGGGCCGUUCUCAGAGGACCUCGUCAAGCGCAUUCGUCGUCUCCAGCUGGUCACCAAAUCCAAAAAUCAACGCGUCGCAGACAAACCCCGCGAAGGGAACUGGUCUUGGUUUGAGCUUGGCAUUGUCAGAGGCCAGCCCAGUACCACGGAUGCCAAGGAGGCCCUUUGCUGGAUGAGUCAUGAGGAUGCUUUCAUGGCCGAGGAGUCUGAGUGGAGGGAGGGAAAGGUCUUUAGUCAGGGUCAUGCGUUGUUUGAAUCGCUUCGGGGCGGUGACGCUAUUCAAGUACGGCUUUGCACUCGCUUCGGGUGCUGGGGUAUCUCGGCAAGCGAGGGCUACUUGGUCUUCGACAUUGGGGAAGAAGGUGUCUCUCGCACUCCACCGGUGGCCCUCCCGCAGGCUGAUGGAGGCGCCGGUUGCCAUCUGUUGAUCGCCGGGGCCGAUGGAGUCUCGGGCUUGUUGACAGGAUACGAUCGGAGAAUGAAGAUCAGCUGCCUGCCAUCAGUCGACAUCAAGAACGGCUCAAUCGAAUACAGCCAGUCGUUGCUCAUGAGAAGGGAGACUUCAUACGCUGCCAUCAAAAAGCAGCCGAACGGCCUCUCAGGCUUCCCUCCCAAGCGCUCGUUGGUUGUGCUCGACGCCAAUAAUCUGCCGUGGUCGGAACUCGACAACAAAAUCGACAACAGAAGACGUUUAUCAUGGGAUCAAACAGUCGAGGACUUUGUUAAGCUUGUGGAGAAACUCCAGCUCGAUCACCACCUGCUCAUCCGCUUUGGGCACGAGGGGGCAAUUUACAGAGACCCCACCCACCCCCAAGACCUGGUUCUCAUCUUUGAGCCACGGAGCGUUGAAGGCUGUUUUCUCAAAGAGACCUGCUCAGCCCAGGCAGGGCUGGAUCAGGAGACGCUGAAGACGCUGGAGACGGCACUGGAUACCGCGUUCAUGGCUGGCCUGGCCGCCUCCCUGGCCAAGGAAUCCCAUAAGUCGAUUGAAAAUCUCUGCGAGACGCAAAUCAAGCAAGCUGUGAUCACCGGCCUCCAGUGGUGCCGACGGCCUGCCGCCCGAAACCGCCAGCCUUCUUGGGUCGAUCUGAUGUUGGAGACGGCUGACGAUCCCGUAUUCAUCCCCGUGCGCUUGAGCAGGAGAGACCUAAAGCGUGGCUCGUCCUUGAUCUUUCGGACUCUUCCCUAUGACCCUCCCACCAAGGCUGCGACCGAGCUAGUGCUGAACGUCAUCCCCAAAGGCCAGGAGGACUUGCUAUCCUACGUGCCAACUGCAACCUUUGGAAAUCUCGUCACCCCUGACAGGCGCGAAGUCGAUGGAUUCCGGACGAUUGCCCGGAAGAUUGAGGCCUAUUCAAAAGAUCAGAAUCAAGGACAGCCAUUCUCCAUUGCCGUGUUUGGUAAACCUGGCUCGGGCAAAUCGUUCGGAGUCAAGGAGGUCGUCCAGAGCAUCGUUGGGAAGGACAAGAUUCUCAAGCUUGAGUUCAAUCUCUCGCAGUUCCAGAAAGACGAGGAUCUGUGGUCCGCUUUUGCGGAGAUUGAGGCUGUGCCAGAGGGCAAGUUGCCAGUCGCGUAUUUCGACGAAUUCGACGCCACUUGCAAGCAGCAGCCGCUCUACUGGGUGCAACACUUUAAACAACUCCUGGAAGCCGGCAAAUGGGCUACCGAAACCGAAGCACCCAAGUCCCUGGAGAGGCGACGUGGCAUCUAUGUCUUCAUUGGAGGCACGGCCGAGACUUUUGAAGAAUUCCGACUCCAGCCCAGCCCGAGGGUCGAAGUUAUCCAGCACCAGUGUCUUAAUGAGGUUGUGACGCAGUAUCCCCAAAGCUGUCAUCAUCUAAAGCCAGUGAUUGGCUGCUACUCUACGCCAAAUACCACCCUUCUCAGGACAGUGACCUUCUCAUCUAACUCAUCGGAAACCCACCAGGAGCUGAUGAAAGCCUUCCGCUGGGUGAGAGACACGCGGGAACCCAAUCUCCCCAUUGUCUUCUUCGAGAACUUUGGCGAAAGCCGAGAUUCCGAUCCUCUCGGAUGGCUAAAAUACUUCCUUUCUCCAAUGCAGGACGGCCAAUUCUUCGACUCCCAAGACAACACAACUUACGAACUAGGCCGCGCCAUAUUCGUCUUCAUAGAGGGCAACAUGGGCCACUUUGAAGGCUUCCUCGACAACCCAGACAUGCCUGAUAUCUUCAGAAACGCCAAGGGCCCCGACUUUGUGAGCAGGCUGAGUGGGCAAGUUGCGAACUCCUUUAAAAACGAGAAUGCAACAGCCGACGACCUGAUUAAGGCACUCGCCGGCUAUGCCAGAGGGAACUCAUCCAAGCCUCUUUCUCUCGGUGUUUUCCGCACCGACGACACCUCCCGCAAGCGAUUCACUAAUCUGUUGGAUGCACACAUCAACGUUCAGGGGCCCAACAAGGUCGACGACGGUGACGAAAUGUUUGUCAUCCGCCGCGCCAUUAUGCUCCGGCACAUGCUCAAAAAGCGGGGGCUCGAGGGGAAAUUUGCCGCCGACAGCACCGUGCUGAACGCCUUGCUGCGAGUCCCGAAGCUGCGGCAUGGGGCUCGUUCACUGGAAACCAUCUUGGCCAUGAGUGAUGUUCCGGGCGAAGGGACUUUCUUCGAAACAAGGCACCUCCCACCGGAUAGCCAGCUCAAGUUGCAUGUGGAUCUGAAGUCGUUUAAGGAGCACCUCACUGAUCCCACAGUGAAGGGCACGGGGGCACGGGACCGAGGCGGCGGUGAUGAUGCGCGGAGGCGUCGUGCCGGGAUCGAGUGGAUUAUUCUGAGGCGCGGAGGGGGCUACACCAAGGAAAGGCUGUACUAG